AUGCGUUGGCAGCAAUACUUUCGUUUAAAUUUGCUUUUGAUUUUCCAUCUUUUUAUCGACAUUUCCGAAGCAAGCAGUAACGCAUCGACUGAUAUUAUUCAACCAAAAUUUACGUCAAGAAACUUUGACUAUAAAGGAGUAGCACUUGGAGGUUGGCUAGUUUUAGAGCCAUACAUUACGCCAUCGUUAUUUCUAUCAUUCAAUACUUCAAAGAAUGCUAGCGAGUCAGAUAUUCCAGUAGAUGAGUACCAUUAUUGUAAAAAACUAGGGUAUGAUGAAGCUAAAAAACGCCUCACAAAGCAUUGGGAAACAUGGUAUACAGAAGAAGACUUUGCGAAGAUAAAAGAUUAUGGUCUCAACAUGGUCAGGAUUCCCAUCGGGUAUUGGGCAUUUCACAAAAUGUCUGGUGAUCCUUAUGUGUCUGGGGCUCAACGUUAUCUUGAUAAGGCAUUAAUUUGGGCUAAGAAGUAUGAUUUAAAAGCUUGGAUUGAUCUACACGGUGUCCCAGGAUCUCAAAAUGGAUUCGACAAUUCUGGUUUGAGAGACAUUGGAUAUCCUGGAUGGUUUAACAAAACGGAACAUAUCACUUUGACUGAAAAGGUUUUGCAUCAGAUCUUCUCUAAAUACGGGAAUCUCAACUCGUCUAAAGAAUACGAAGAUACAAUAUUGGGUAUAGAAAUUGUGAACGAGCCCCUUGGUGCCAAGUUAUCAAUGCAUAAGUUGAAGAGCUUUUAUGAAAAAGUCUAUGAAGAUGCCAGAGCUACUCAGGUUGUCAAUAAUACUUUUGUGAUUCACGAUGCUUUUGAAGCAAUUGGAUAUUGGAAUUCGUUUCUAACUAAUGAUGACAAGAAAAAUAGUACAACUGAUAAUUACAAUGUCCUUAUUGAUCAUCAUCAUUAUCAGGUUUUUUCUGUUAACUCCCUAAAUUCGUCGAUAAACGACACGCUACAAAGCAUCAAGGAUUACAGUUCAUCCAUUCAAACUGAAAUGAAACACCAUCCUGCAGUAGUGGGUGAAUGGUCGGCGGCAUUAACUGAUUGCACUCCUUGGUUAAACGGUGUAGGGCUAGGCAGUCGUUAUGAAGGAACUAAACCUUAUACAAAUGAAAAAAUUGGAUCAUGCUCGAACAUAAACAAUUGGUCUUCUUGGGAUGCAAAGGUCCGAAAGAACUAUAGAAAAUUUAUAGAAAUGCAAUUAUAUGAAUAUGAGAAGCAGACGAAGGGCUGGAUUUUUUGGUGCUUUAAAUCAGAAACUAGUAUAGAAUGGGACUUCCUGCGCUUAGUUGACUUGAAUUUAAUGCCACAACCAUUGAACAACUAUACGUACAUAAUAAAUGGUAAAGAUACUGACUCAGGAAAAAAGAAAAGCUGUUCACCUGGUGCAUCAAGUGGUAUCUCGUUGGCCUUAGCUGCCUAUAUGCUAGUGUUUUUAUGUAUUUAG